GACUUUCCUCUGUUUCCUUCAUUUCACACACAGAAACAGAACAGGAGAAGAUCGACUUCAGCCUGAACAUUCCUCUGUGAAAAAUUGCGACAAUUACGAUGAUGGAGUGGGAUAAUCAGCAACAGCCCAGUAAUCACGCAACUCCUAAUCUUCAUGGGAUCGACGUUAAUGGCGGCGGAGGAAUGUACGUGAAGGUGAUGACGGACGAGCAGCUUGAGACUCUCAGAAAGCAGAUUGCGAUUUACGCUACAAUCUGUGAGCGCCUCGUUGAGAUGCACAAAACCCUCACUGCUCAGCAAGAUCUCGCAGGAGGGAGAUUGGGAGGUCUGUAUUCAGACCCCUUGAUCUCAUCUGCAGGUCACAAGAUGUCUGCAAGACAGCGAUGGACUCCGACGCCUGUGCAGCUUCAGAUUCUCGAGCAGAUAUUUGAUCAAGGAACAGGGACCCCGAGCAAGCAAAAGAUCAAGGACAUUACUGCAGAACUCAGCCAACACGGCCAUAUCUCCGAAACCAAUGUCUACAACUGGUUUCAGAACAGGCGGGCUCGGUCAAAAAGGAAACAGCAAGGUGCUGGUUCCUCCAACAACAACAACAAUGGUGAGUCCGAGGUAGAGACUGAAGUGGAGUCAUCGAACGAUAAGAGAACAAGACCCGAGAGUCUUGUUGGGGCAGCAACAACAACUCCUAGGCCAGAGGAUCUUUGCUUCCAGAGCCCUGAGAUGAGCUCAGAACUUCACUUGCUAGGAGUUUUAUCGAACCCAAGGGACGAAAAUCUCGCGGCCAAGAUGGGACUGUCGGAAAGCUACAACCUUUACGACCACGUCGAAGACUACAGCAUGGCAGGCUGAUGAUAUGAACUCAAGCAGCAGACUUUUCAUCGGAAUUUGCAGGUGAACUUUCAGGGGUUCUCGUGGUUUAAUCAGAAGUAAUAAAAACAAGUUUUAGUAGUUAUCUUUUUUCAGAGAAACAUUUGUGUGAUCGUCUUGCAAUGUUCUGGUUAAGAGAUUUUUCAUUAUUAUCA